AUGGACGUCCGCGUGCGCCUCGUGUUCGCAGACGCUGUGAAGCACCACGUCCAACGUCGCUACGGGUUUUCUUCGUGCUGGUACCUGCUCCCUGCUGACAUGAAGAUCGUGGGUGACUUGGCGCACGCCUUGUUGCGGGAGUUCGGGCUUCAGAAGCGCUGUCCUCAGGGUCUGGAGUUGAUGUUAGAAGAGCUGCCGGUGCUGGCGUCGCAGAGUAUCCGGAUUGUUCGGGACAAUGACACGAUUGUGGUCCAGAGUCCUGUAUUACUAAUGAGAGAGGAAGAAGAAGAAGAAGAGGUUCCGGAUAGUGAGACGGCGAGUUCGGAGGGUGAGAAAGUGGAGAAUCAGAAGCUGCUGAAGCGAAAAGCGCGUGGGAAGACGGACAGAGAGCCGAGGUUGAAGAAGUUCAAGGUGGUGGAAAGUGCAGUGAAGGGGGGGAAGAAGCGACAGGGCGUGGAGAAGGAGAGUCGUGGGAGCGUAGUGGUUGGAGAAGCACGGUAG